GAAGAUUAAAAAGCGGAGGAAAAUUCCCAUAAUUUUUGUGCGUGAGGAAAGGACACUCCAGUAUUUUGGUGUCGAGAGAGAGAAAGAUUGAACGGAUGACACUCCUCAAUCCGUCCUGAAACAACAAACUUCUGAGGAUGAUGCAGGUCUAUACUCUACAUUCUUAAUCAUAACUCAUCAACUUUGGUUUAUUUAAGAAUGCUUAUGAUUUAAGAUUUGGCACGCAUUUUUUUUAACACAUGCUCUCUAUGCUCUCUGGUUUAUGAUCUUUAAAUAUAUCCAUACAUAUCUCUGUCUCGUCAAUAAUACAUUUUAGAUUUUACCUCAAACGCUACUGGAAUUUCCACACUGAUUUCUGCUCCAGAUUUCGUGUAAAAUGUUGUGUCCAUAAUGAUGCAGCAGAAAUUAUUGGGAAUUUCUAUUUUUAUAGGGUAUUUUUAUAUAUAUGUAAUAUUACAAAUAUAAAUGUCGGAAAAUACCUGCUAUGUGAAGUACAACAUUAAGUGAAUUGAAUGCCAACAAGAAAAAAUAGAAUGCAGAAAGGGAACUAAAACGGAAAAUAGAAAAAAAAACAAAUAAUAAACAAAAAGAAAUAGAAGAAGUAAAUUUUUCUAUUCUUUUUGCUGCUGUUGAUAUUGUUUUCUGUUUUGGGUCCUCUUCUGUUCUUAGAAGUAAAGUGUAAAAAAAAUCGAACUGCAAGUGGAAUUUUCUUCUCACUUUGAGAUUUUAUUGUUUUCGGUGAUGUAAGAAAUAGAAGAGGAAGAAGUGGAACCUAAAUACAGAAUUAAAAAAUAAAUUUAUCCGCAAAAGUUAAAGUAACGAAAUAAGACAACAAAGAAAAAAGCAAAAAUCAAAGAAGAUCCAAGAAGUAGUACUGCAAUAAUUUUAAGAUAACGAUGAAGAAGAACAAAAGAUGCCGAAGAGGAACCGGAACCUGAAAAAACUUACAUGAAGCAAAAAAAAUGAUUUUUGAAUUCCUAAGCUCAGAAACCGUGUAAAGAAAAGUUAAAAAACCAUUUUUAUUUUAGUUUACUUUCAUGAGGAAGCAAUAAAUAAAUAGAUAAGGAAAAGUCGACAAGAAACAGCAAUAUUUAGAAGAAGAAAAAAAAACCUCAUCUAUAUAACAGACUAAUUACCCUUUUAAGUGACAUUGCGAUAUUGUGCAUAAGAAAAUAAAAAUUCUUUUUCCCAAACAAAAAAAAAAGAAUACAUUGUGAAAGUAUAGCUAAUAUUCUCUCUAUAUGGAUGACUCAUUAGAGGAAGAAGAAGAAGUAGUAGAAAAAAAUAAGAAGAAGAUGCGAAGGAAGCGGUAAAAAUUUCGUACCUGUGUUAAAAUGUACUCGGGUGCAGAAUAUUGUCUUAAUAGUUUGUAGUCGCAGAGAUAAGAUUGGAAUCGUUGACUCAACUGUGAAAUUCUUACCUUCGAACCAUACACUCGUCGUCGGUUAUAAAUUUUCACAAGUAAAACGAGAGAGGGAGAUGAGGAUAUAUGAGAAGUUAAUGGGAGUAGCAAACACACCUUCGAACAUCCUGGAUGAGUUGGCAGCAUCCGAUCUACAAUCAGGAUUUUUAUCACCGGCCAGAAUUCACCGCUGGACAUAAUUUUUGGUUUCCCCAAUCAACGCUCGGUAGUGGUCCACAACUUACUGAAGAUGUUAAAGUCGAACUACAGAGUCGUAAACUAUGGUCCAAAUUUCAUGGGGAGAAUACCGAAAUGAUCAUUACAAAAAGUGGACGGCGAAUGUUUCCGGCAGUUCAGGUGUGCGUGAGCGGUUUACAGAAGCGAGCUCGCUACGUCGUCAUUUUGGAAAUUGCGCCAGCGACGAAUCGUCGUCACAAAUACGUAACCGAUGGAAAUUUGGAGUGUAAUAAUAUUGGAAAAAUAUCGUCAACGAGAGGUUGGACGUCAGCUGGACCCGCGGAGCCUCAACCACCGCAGAAUCGACGAAUUUACAUGCAUCCCGAUGGUCCAGCCACUGGUGCACACUGGAUGCAGCAUCCGAUAAAUUUCAGUAAAUUGAAAAUCACCAACAACGCCGUCGAUCCCCACAGUCACGUGGUUCUCACAUCGAUGCACAAAUAUAUACCGAAAAUUUGGAUUAUUCGCUGUGACGAUCAUCAUAGAGAUGAGAAUUUAAAUUCUCAACCUUGCAAGGCGUUCAGUUUUCCAGAGACGGAAUUUAUUGCCGUGACUGCCUACCAAAAUGAAAACAUCACUCGACUAAAAAUCAACAACAAUCCAUUUGCAAAGGGUUUCCGAGAAACGGGACAGUCGCGUUGCAAGCGAAAAUUACAAACGUCCGAGGAUCAGUCGUCACUCGAUUCACAUGACGAGGAGGGCAAUGUCUCGUCAUCUGACUGUGAAGCCGGACAAUUGGAAGAUUCGCCGGAAUGUUCGGCAAAUAAGCGAACAAGAAGAUCGCCGAGCGACACUGAAAGUGUUAUCUACGACAGUGGCAUCAGUAGUUCGGGUGGUGCGACACCACCUCCGUCAUCGUCAUCAUCAUCACAAUUGUUGUCGUCCGAGACACUUUCCGAGGUGAAUUUUCGUGUCUCGUCAUCGUCAUCGUCAGCGUCUUCUUCAGUGUCGUUAUCGCCGGCGCCCACGGAACACGCCGGUAAUCAGACGCGGCUUUAUCGACCGUGGGCCGAUUCUCCAUCGUCGCCAUCGUCGCCUUGCCGAUCGCAGGAACAAGUUUUACCCGUCGUCACAACACCCAUGCAGUAUCAUUCCCUCUUUUUCCCGCUGCUCGCGCCUGAACAACAACUCGCCGCUCUUGAAUAUUCCAGGCUACAACAGAUACAACGCUUUCAGUCCAAUCUCUUUCUCAGUAAAUUGUAUCAUUAAUUCUCUUUUUUCUCGCAAAAUACUCGAAAAAUACUCGAAAAAUAAUCAAAAAAUACUCAAAAAAUACUCAAAAAAAAAAACACAAAAGAA